AUGAUUGCUGCCAUUGCGAAUGAAUACCUCCCUGCUAUUAAAUAUGGUCAGUUAAGUUGGGACUCUAUCGCCACUGCUUGGCCCACGGGGUUGUUGACCGAUGGCUACUAUUCGCACCAUCUACAACUUCCACCCCAAGAAAUACUACCAGUCGCGCAGGGAUGGCCCGACCAGGCACUCGAUACAGUUUGCGGCUGGGGCUCCAGCAAGCAGCAUACCCGGCGAGUUCGGAAGGAUUUUGCUCAAAUAUUGAAGACAUACCAGGUGGUAACGCUGAAUGAUGCAGGCUGCGGAGAUCUCGCUUGGAUAAGCAUGGUAGAUCUCUGGGGGAUCGACUAUGUCGGUUAUGAUAUAUACGAACGUGCAAACUGGGCCGAGAUGCGACAACGUGGCUAUCAACUAGAUAUUCUUGAUAUCACAGCGAAUGAAUCACGCCCGGCUGACCUGCUCAUCUGUCGUGACGUUUUUAUCCACUUACCCAACGACAUGAUUCUUCCUGCGUUGGAGCGAUUCCGUCGAUCGGCCUCGCUACUUCUUACCACAAGCUAUACCGGUGACUCCAGCUCGAGUCAAGAAUUCUCCAACUUCCAACGAAUGAACGAGCCAAGCCUACGUCACGCAAAGCUCGAUCUGACUCUACCUCCGUUCAAUCUCGGCCAUCCGCUUGUUCGUAUCCCGAGGACUCGCCUAACAAAUAUCUCGGACUCUGGGACAUGA